ACUCUUGCAGUUGUUGCUAGUUUUUUUUUUUUUUUGCACGGUGUUCCCAAACCUGGAUGUUGACAUCUCGCGUUUCUUUUGGCACGUCGCUCUAUUUUCUGUUUCAGAGGGGAAGCGCUAAUAGAGACAAACGCGGUGACACCUGCUCACCCAUACACUUCUCACUGUCUUUUUUAACGGAGCGAUCAAAAGAAGCAAGCACCGACUGAGACGGUGACAGGAGUCUGUUUUCAUGUUCGGGAUUCAAGACAGCAUUCAAAGGAGCGGGAGUAGUAUGAAAGAAGAGCCCAUCGGUGCCGGGAUGAACGCUGUCCGGACAUGGAUGCAGGGUGCCGGGGUGUUGGAUGCAAACAUAGCCGCUCAGAGUGGAGUGGGUCUUGCUCGAGCACACUUUGAGAAGCAGCCUCCUUCAAAUCUUCGCAAAUCCAACUUCUUCCACUUCGUUUUAGCGCUAUACGACAGACAAGGACAACCCGUGGAAAUUGAAAGAACUACUUUUGUUGGAUUUGUUGAAAAAGAAAAGGAAACUACCGGGGAAAAGACAAACAAUGGGAUCCAUUACAGAUUGCAGCUUCUUUACAGCAACGGCAUCAGAACAGAACAGGACUUUUAUGUACGCCUGAUUGACUCAAUGACCAAACAGGCAAUUAUGUAUGAAGGGCAAGACAAAAACCCAGAGAUGUGCCGGGUCCUGUUGACGCACGAGAUCAUGUGCAGCCGCUGCUGUGACAAGAAAAGUUGUGGCAAUCGUAACGAGACGCCCUCCGACCCGGUCAUCAUCGACAGGUUUUUCCUGAAAUUCUUCCUCAAAUGCAACCAGAACUGCCUAAAGAAUGCAGGGAACCCACGAGACAUGCGACGAUUUCAGGUGGUGGUGUCUACGACGGUCAACGUGGACGGUCAUGUCCUGGCUGUGUCUGAUAACAUGUUUGUACACAAUAAUUCUAAACAUGGACGCAGAGCUCGCAGGCUGGACCCGUCUGAAGGCACUCCGUCAUACCUGGAACACGCUACUCCUUGCAUUAAGGCCAUCAGUCCCAGUGAAGGCUGGACGACAGGGGGUGCCACAGUCAUCAUCAUUGGUGAUAACUUCUUUGACGGCCUACAGGUCAUUUUUGGCACCAUGCUGGUAUGGAGUGAGCUCAUUACCCCUCACGCCAUUCGAGUGCAGACUCCUCCCAGACACAUACCCGGGGUUGUGGAGGUCACUCUGUCCUACAAGUCAAAGCAGUUCUGCAAAGGUACACCAGGCAGAUUUAUCUACACAGCACUGAAUGAACCCACAAUUGACUACGGUUUCCAGCGGUUACAGAAGGUGAUCCCUAGACACCCAGGUGACCCCGAGCGCUUACCAAAGGAGGUGAUUCUGAAGAGGGCAGCAGACCUGGUGGAAGCUCUGUAUGGGAUGCCACACAAUAAUCAGGAGAUCAUUCUGAAAAGAGCAGCAGAUAUAACAGAGGCACUCUACAACAUCCCACGUGGACACAACCAGCUGCCAGGUCUGGCCAACAGCUCAGUCCACGCUGGCAUGAUGGGAGUCAACUCCUUCCACAGUCAGCUCGCUGUCAAUGUCUCUGAGUCCACACAAGGAGCCAAUCAGGGUUUCAGUCGAAACACAAGCAGUGUUUCCCCUCACGGUUAUGUACCCAGCACGACCCCCCAGCAGAGUAGCUACAGUACCGUCUCUACCAAUAUGAAUGGAUACGGCAACACAGGCAUGACCACGCUGGGAGGCUCACCCAACUUCCUCAAUGGCUCUGCUGCCAACUCUCCUUAUGCCAUUGUUCCUUCCAGUCCCACCAUGGCCUCCUCCACCAGUCUUCCCUCCAACUGCAGCAGUUCCUCAGGCAUCUUCUCUUUCUCUCCGGCCAACAUGGUGUCUGCAGUCAAACAGAAGAGCGCUUUUGCUCCCGUCGUGCGGCCCCAGGCCUCGCCACCCCCCACCUGCACCAGUGCCAAUGGAAACGGCCUCCAAGUAGAUCAAUCUUUUGUGGACUCUAGCAAGUACUCCACCGCCAACUCCCUGCAGGGACUGGCCUUCUCCUGAACGAUCCCAGGGAUGAUUGUUCCUCCCAUGUAGGGGCUCCUGGGCCGCUGAAGAGACACAUUUGAUUUCAGCUCUCAUUGGAGAAUCUACGCUCUGAGCUGAAGGCAAUUUCUGGUGGAGGAGACAUGAAAACUGAACUUUUAAAACUCAGGCCUUUUAACAAAGGAAUCUCAUUUUAUGGGUAGAAAGCGUAUGUUUGCUUUUGUUUUUAAGCUAAUUUCUGGACUGCUCUACUGAAGGACUUUCCCUCCCCCCGUGUUUUGCCCAUGCAGAAAGGAGAGAUGGAUCUCCUUUUUAUUCAUUGGCUUUUUUUGAUGAAUUUAAUGAAUUUUACAGACUGUAUCACACAAACAUGACACUUUAGGAGCGGGUGCAUCCCUAAUGUUUCUGAGAGCAGUUACAGGCAACAGCACAGAUCUCUGUUAAUACUGAGCAGUUUUAUAUGAACAGACACAUUCGUGAAAAAUUCAAAUGAGAAUAUUUAGGCCAACUGUUUGAAUACAGAGAAGAAGAAGGGGAGGUUUUUUUUGUCCCAGAGUGAAGCCAACAAAUAGUUUGCCAUAAUGUCGUUUGUUUUCAUACAAAAUGAAAUUGUAGCGCCAUACUCACUUCCUCAUUGUUUUUUUCUUUUUUGUUUUUUAACGAAGCAUCUGGGUACCAGCCGGUUUGAAUAGCUAUGAUGUAGGAAAGUUAUUUAAGAGUUAAUAAAUGCUGUCAUGCUGCAAUUUUCAAUGUCCAGAUUCAUCCUCAAAGAGAAGGAUAAGCGUCCCAGUUUCCACAACAAAUCAGUAUUUAUGUUCAUGCAAAUAUUUGCUGCUAAAAAGAGCACAGAUAUGACGUAAACAGAUGGACUGAAGGAAAGAGCCCUCAGUUGCAAUGCCAAU